CCAACACAACCACCUGCGCCUACCAAGGUAUAUAAACCUAAUGAGAGCCCAAGAUAUCCACUCCAACUUUCAAAAUGAAACACUUCAUCUGUCUGUGCCUGCUCGUUGCUCUAGCUACCGUGGCUGUGGCCCACAAACCCCACAAACCCUUCAAGGGGAUGAAGCAAUCCUUCAAGGCUGGUUCUGACUCCUCCUCCUCCUCCUCCUCCUCUUCGGAAGAGGACGCUGCUCCCCACGCUCCCGCUGUUGGACAGAAGACAUCCUACUCUCAACAAUCCCACUCCCACUCACACGUCCACUCCGCCACAGUACAUGAUGGGAGUGGCAAGAAGGUCACCACUACCACUUCCACUCACGGAGGCUCUGAUAAACCCACUGUGACUAACACUCACACCUACACUCACUCUUCCGAGGAGUCUGACUGAAUAAAUCAGCCGUGACAUCUGAAA